AUGGAUUUUCUGAACCAAAUAAGAAAACGACAAAAGGAAUUGAAGUUAUCAAAUAUUUUGAAUUUCUCACCUUUAACAAAUGAAGAGAAGAAUCACUUAAUUAAAAUAUACGGUCUUUUGGCUGUAGGAACAAUGAUCACUGCCCUAAGUUGCUAUGUUGAUAUUUAUUUUUUGAAAAUUCCGAGAUUUAUAGCAUCUAUGAUUAGCUUAUUUUGUUCCUUUGCCCUAGCUGGAUCAUGUAGUUAUUCUCAUUAUGGCAACAGCUUACCAGCGGCAUCAAAAAAGAGGCUACUUUAUUUUGCUGGUAUAUCAUCAUCUAUUGGAAUUUUAAUGAGUGACUAUAUCGCAUAUGUUAAUUACUUGAACCCUUCUAUUCUUCCCCUCGCAUUUUUUGGAAGUUUGUCCAUAUUUUCUUGCUUCUCCUUGUCGGCCAUAUUUUCAAAAAAUAGGAUUUCACUAUUUCUUGGAACGAUAUUAUGCGCCGUAUGUUCAUAUGUAGCCCUACUUUCAUUUAUGAACUUUUUUAUAAGAUCAAGAUAUAUUGAUACUACUCUGUUGUAUGUUGGAUUUUUUAUGUACAUGGGAUUUGUAUUAUUUGAUACCCAAAUAACCUUGUUUGAUUUUCGAAGAGGAAACAAGGAUUACAUAAUGCAUUCCAUUUGUUUGUACCUAGAUCUAGUAGGAUUAUUUACACAUUUACUGAGAAUAUUAGGUCAGAAAGAAGAAAAAAAGAAGAAAUAA